AUGUCCGAAAUAGCUGCCUUUGGUCUCUCCGCGGAGCCUUUCGACCCUGACUACCACUCUCGGUCUGAUUUCGAACACGACAUGGCUAGUCCUACUCUUCCUCGAAUACCGUUGUUUGUACCAUCUCAGUAUUGGGAUUACCAUGUGCAUUCGCCCGUCGGCUAUCAUGGUUAUCCCGUUCAACAAUACUCGAGCAGCUUCGAGAUGACUCCCUUUAGCCUACUUGAUCCCUCCUACGACCCCUGGCAGUACGAGUACGAGAUCGCUCCUUCGAACGCGGAUACCUUCGGCUCCGCCACCCAACGGUUCAACCAUGACAACUUCCUCGAGACCACUGGUAUCGCAAGGAGCUCAAAGCUCACCGCCACAGCGCCCCCCUUCGUACCCAUCAAGUCCUCAAAGCUCAACGCAGCAGCACCAACCUUUCUCCUAAGCCGCCUAGCAAUCUUCGAUUCUCCUGCCGACGACGAUCUCGCAAAGCGACCUCGAAAGUAUAACCGCGUCCUCCCCGAUGCGCGCAACGACAAAAUCACCUGCGCGCUCGAGAUGAUGCAAUGUCCACGCGAUGGACAAGUCGGCCGCUUCACCGACGAGACCACGUACGAGUUCAAUAAGGGCUGGCACUUCAACGACCCUGUACUCGCUGAGAUGUAUCAUACGAUGAACAGGCCGAAGAAACACAACUUCGCUGCUUUCGCUCUGCGGGUCAAUAUCCGGCCUGUCAACGAUGCGCCUCCGCUUUGGCCGCCUCACAUGAAUCUCUUCGAUAUCAAGUCUUACUACUUUGAAAUUCUUGAGAAAGACAGUGUGAAACAAGCGAAGUGGGUUACCAUCUUGCCUAAUGGCUCACCACCGACUGCCGAGACUAUCCACAUCUACGAUACAUACAAGAAGGAGUGGGUGUCUUUCGGUGACUGGCUAGCAAAAAUUGUCAAGUCGCGCAAAUGGCUCGGUCGCCUUGGCGAUCACUUGCAGUUCAAGUGGUACAAGAGCAAGGGCAGCAAACGUCGCUUCGAGGACUUUCCAGCUGAGAUCCGAGAGAAGAUUUACAAGGCCGCGCUUGGCGGUGAAGUAUACCCGCUGAACAGUUUGUGCACCGCUGAAGAGUACACCUGCUUCUGGCCCGAUGGAGAGCCCGAAUCUGAAGCUCAGCUAACGCUUGGGCUGGGCUAUCACCCCGGUUUGUUUAUGCGUCUAAAGGGUGAGGCAUUGUUGGCGUCCCCAUGGGAUGAAAACCGUGUGCCGGAAGAUCGACCUCCUGUGCACAAACCGAGUCUCUCGCUUUCGGCGGUAAACUCCACGAUCCGCGAAGAGUUCCUCCACUUUGCCUGGGUACGAAUGCGUAGCCGGUUCUUCACACCAGACCUGUUCGUUCUAGCCAUUAAAGCGUGGGCGGGUCCAGCGAUGGCUUACCAGCAUCUGAGUAAGAUCGAGUUGAACUUCACGAAUGUGGAGUGGUUUGAGUUCUUCGGCGAAGAGAGCCUGGAGGAGAGAUUAACGGUGACGUUGACCGGUGCCGUGAAGACGGCCACGAAAGAGAAGUGGGAGGCGAUAUUCAAGGGCCAGCGCCAUCACGACCAGGAAGCGGCGUUGAAGGUCAUUCUUGAUACCCCGGAUGAGGAACUGUGA